UAAAGCUACACACCUCUCCCUUCCUUUACCAACUAUCCCCCAGUCCUCUUUUACUCACCGCACCUCUCUCUCCAUGUCCGGAAAGAUCAACGGAGAUCAGUUCAGUGGCCGCUAUGACUUCUCUUUCCACGAAGGUCUCUUGUACUCGUCGUCGUUGGCCUUUGGGCCAAGACCGAUCGGGCGGGAAGACUAUGAAUUCUUAGAUGAAUCGACGUUGAGCAUGAAGCAUUUGUUGGUGGGUGGGGAUGGGGGGUCGAUGACUGUGGUGACGCCCAACUUCUCGGUGUCGUCGACGUCCACUGAGCUGGGAGGGGAGGAGGAAUCCAGGCCAUGCCAGAAGAAGAAGGGAAGGAUGGUGAAGCACAUGGAGGAAGAGGAGGAGGAGGAGAAGGAGAAGCAUGUACAAGGGAUCGAGUUAAAGAAAGUGAACAGGCAGGAAAGGAAGAAAUUAGGAGAGAAAAAGGAGAGAGAACCCAGGUUUGCCUUCGUGACCAAGAGCGAGGUUGACAACCUUGAAGAUGGCUACAGAUGGAGAAAGUAUGGGCAGAAGGCAGUCAAGAACAGCCCUUAUCCAAGAAGCUACUACCGUUGCACAGCUCAGAAGUGCAAUGUGAAGAAGAGGGUCGAAAGAUCUCACCAAGAUCCAACCACUGUGAUCACAACUUAUGAAGGGAAGCACAAUCACCACAGUCCGGCAAACCUAACGAGGAGCUCCCCGAUGGCGGCGCUGACGCCGGCAAACUUUGGGAUCCGUGAUGAUCACCUUAUGCUGCAACAACUACUGUGCUCAUCUGGAAAUAUGGAUAUCAACAUGGACGCCGCCCAUAACACUGUCCGUGGGGGAUUCAUUGCAAACCCUAGCAUGUAUUUCCCAAACCUGCCGCCUCAUCAUCUCCCUCAGCAUCAAAUGUCGGCCGAUCACGGUCUGCUGCAAGACAUUUUGCCUGGAAUGGGCCACGGCAACCUAAAUGAGUAGAACUAUGUGUGCCUUAAUUCUCCGUGCUUCUCUAUUACCGGUGGUAAUAUCAUCAUGUUCUUGUAGCUGAUGAAUGUAGCAUAUCUUAUAUAAUUAAUUAACUUUAAGGUAUUAAACUCUGA